UGUUUUUGCGGUCAAAUAUGGCAGCGCGCAUAAAAAUCGUCGUUUUUCACUACCGUUUAUAAUAUCAUAGAUAAUAUACAGACAAAAACUUAAAAAAAACAUGUGCAGUGCUAAUUGUUCGUAAACUGGCAUGAUUGUGGAAACACGCGACAGCCUACUUCACCCUAGUGCAGUGUGGCUCCAUACUUAGUAGUUGUAUUACUUGUGAUCAUUUUCUUACGCCGUGGCUUACUUGCGGCAUUCGACUCGGCGAAGUAGGAAGUUCACCAUCUAAGUUACUGUUGUUGAAUUACGACAAAAUGGCUUUGCUGUUGAGAAGCUCGCUGAUGCAUUCAGUUGCUAAACUUGGUUGCAUUAAUUAUUUCAAGAUACUUCUUCCGUGCAACCGCAACCUCUUCCAUGGUGUGAGUAGGAACGCUACCACUACCAGUACCAAGUCCAAAUCACCAAAAAUGACCCACUUUGAGGUGGACGCAAAUGUGCCGACUGACGUUCUAUUGUAUUCCUACACUAAUGACAGGUUUUUUCGAUUACUGACUAUAUUCGGUGCGUCGCAGUUCCUGUUCUGGAUGUAUAUGAGUAACUUUGCAUACUCAUCAUUGCGUGAUAUUAGCAGCAGCAAAGAAGGCAAUGAAUCGAAUGAUGCUGACACGAAUCAGAAAGUGGUUGAAACUGAUGGAAACACUGUCGCUUGGUGGAAGAAUAUUAACCUUGGAGAGAACAAGAUUAGGACUGGUCUUACAAUGCUGUGCACUGCACUCGGGUACACAAUUCUUUUCGGCUCCUUGUUCUAUCCUUUGCGGACCAUCCAUACACUACACUUGUUAAAGGGUGGACAGGCAGUGAGAAUCACAACAUAUGGAGCUUUAGCCCGCAAAAGACCCUUCAUCAAAGACCUUGCUGAAAUAUCAUGUUAUGUUGCACGCCAGAGUGCAACGGCAGCAGUGCCACUCAAAGUGAAAGGCCGAACAUUUUUUUAUCUGAUGGAUGUAAAGAAGGGUGCUUUUCACAAUACCAAGCUAUUUGACAGUACUGUUGGUCUAAAAAGGAAGUUCACUCGAUAGAUUGCUCUUUUAUGCACAGUAUCUGGAUCAAUAAGUUAUUUGCAGCACAUGUCUCUUAAAUUCAUGGUUCCAACAUGUCUAUUCAACAUUCAAACUAUUAAAAAUUACACAAUUUGGCAAUACUUACUUCA